CGUGUGCGGAGUAAAUGAAAAAGACGUCGAGUGUAAAUUAAAGUAAUUUGCAAUACAAAAGUGAUAUUUGUGACAAAAAAAACAUUUAAUAAGUUGUGUGAAAAGUUGAUUGUGCUUAAGAGUUGAGUCUUAUUAAAACUUUGAUAAUAAUGAGAUGGUAUUCUUAUAGUGGAAAAUGAAUGGAAAUUAUUAAAGAAGUGUAUGAAAUGUGGAGGAAAAAUGUAUUUAAUUUUUUUCGGCAAUGGCUGCCGACGACGAAGAAACACAGCAGUGGCAGUGGCAGCGACAACAACAAAAUGCAUUAGCAAAUAAGGCGACGUCGACGACGACGACGACGACUACUAGACAGCAACAACGAUGACGAAGUGAAAAACGAGAAAUAAUCGAGUGACUGACAGCCGACUCGUUACAGUUGGAAGCAACUUGGCUGAACUCGUUAAGACUCAAAAGGGACGAAGCGAGACGUGAAGAAAAACGAAUCGAAGCAAAGAAUUUUUUUUCGCUCAAAGUCAGAGAAAAAAGUUUUUGUGGUCUGCAAAUAAUUACUAGUCGCCAUUUGUUUCGUUUAAUAAAUAUUAAAGAAUAAUUCAUAAAGUGUUAGCAAAAAAUUAAAAAAUGAAAAUAAAUAUUCACGUGCACGGUACUUGGAAAGUAAUAGUGAUUAUUUUUGAAUAAUUUUCAAUUUAUUUGAAGCUUUGCGAUAUAAAAGCAGUACGACGAACCGUGGUGAAAAUCACAAAAACCACGAAUUUAAAACGUAACGCAAAGAGAGCAACAACGAAAUGCGGCAUUUAAAAAAGGGUCGUGCUAAGAAUGUCAAAUUGAAUUUGUGUAGACAAAUUUAAUUGAUUUAAUUUAUCAAGUAAAACUAAGUUGACAGUACAAAAAAAAAAAAACGAAAAACAUUUCUAGUUAUAAAACUUAUGCAAAUAACUUUUCUGGAAUUAAAUGAUGGUGUGUGCAAAAAUGGGUAUUACCACAACAAUGUAUGCGAAUUAUGUCAGCUGGCGCUCAAUUGCAGAUGGCACCGCAGACCACUUCGUCGAUAAGCCAUCAUCAUCAGACCCAGCAGCAGCAUCUUUUUGGCACAGCACAUCAUAAUCCACAACAACAGCAGCAGCAGCAGCAACAGCAACAACAACAAAUUUUAACACAACAGCAACAAAUAACGCAAACACAUCAGUUACAACAGUUGCAACAACAGCACAUUACGCAUCAUACGACGCAGCAGCAGCAACAGCAGCAGUCGCAGCCGCAACAGCAACCGCAAACACUACACACAUUAGCCAAUCAUCAUCAUCACCAACAGCAGCAGCAGCAGCAGCAGCAAACACAGCUUCCGCAUCCACAUUCACACACACAACAGCUGUCCCAUCAACAACAGUUGCUGCAACAGACGAAUAGUGGGCUCGCAGCUCCGUUGCAGCAGCAGCAGCAACCAGCUGCCCUGCAGCAGCACACGCAUAGUGGAGGCCAUAGCAGUAAUCCCGAUUCGAAUAUGAGCACAGGAUCAUCGCAUAGCGAAAAAGAUGUUGCCGACAUGUUAGGUGCAGCAGGCAUUCCCAGUCAGAUAGGUUUACUGCCUAAUAACGGAGCCCCGGGGGCUAUGAUGAGCAGCAGCGGUUUGGGUCAAGACGUAGGAAGUAUGAUGGGCGGUGGCGCAGGUGUUAGUAGCACACAACAACAGCAACAAGUGCAGCAUAAUAAUAUGGUUGGACGACUUGAAAAGCCACCACGUAACACAACUGAACGCAAGCGUAAGCGGAAAAUUCCACACACCGAAGAUAGUGGUGGUGGCGGUGGUGGCGCAGGAAGUGGCGGAAACGGAGGUAAUAACGCUGGAAAUGCGACUAUUGUCGGCACCGGCAAGGCGUCCAAAACUUCUAGCUUGAUCGGCAGUGCACAGACACUAAACAAAGCCAAUUUAUCAUUGAAUAUAGGUACACCAGCGGAUCGGUGCAACUUGCCGGGCGGCAAGAAUGCAAGGCUACUCCAACAUAGUAGCAUGGAUAACAAAAAGAUCAAUGAGUACUUCAAUAAGCCCCUCAUAACGAGCAGCGGUGCUACAAAUAGCCCUAUGCGUCCGCACACUGGCGGCUCGAAGAGUCCAUCGGCUGCCGGUGGCGUGCAACAGCAACAAACGGCGCAGCAACAAGUGCAAAGUGCAGGCGGUAAUGCUGGUGGUGGCGGUAGUACGGGCGCUUAUGCCAUGUAUCCACCUAGUCCUCAACAGCUGAAUGCAGGAGGCGUACAAACACCCACAUCGCAAGCGCCUGAAUUCCAUCAUUACAGCGCUGUGCCGGUAAACAAUGCUGCCAAGCAGCAGCGUCAACCUCCACCACAAACUUCCAACGCAAUGGUUCCUCCCCAGUCGUCCAUAGUCGGCGUGUUGGCAGGCAACAUGGGUAGCUUAGGUGGGGGUGUAGUUGGCGGACCACCCCCACCGCCAAUGGGCCCGACACAACAGCAACAUAUUCCUGCAACAUCGGUAGCCACUUCGGCGCAACAAACGCUAACCAGUGGCGUAACCUCGCAACAGCUGGCCGCAGUGCAGCUGAAUUCAUUGCAGCAUGGCGGAAUGAUGCCAGGCGCAUUGGGCGGUAUGCAGCCGCCACUGCCACCGGUACCGGCUAGCACCAUAGCGAAGGCAACCCAAACGGAUCUCUCGUUCCAAGAAAUCAAGGAACGCGACACGGAGAUCGAAUCGAGCAAGUCGAAGCUCGACGAGAUGACAAGACUGUCCGAUGAGCAGAAAUGCCAGAUAAUCGCUCAUCAGAAGCUGAUCGACCAGCAUAAGUCGCAGAUCGCCAAGUGCAUUGAAGUAGUGAAGAAACUGCUGAAAGAGAAGAGCAGCAUCGAAAAGAAAGAAGCGCGGCAGAAGUGCAUGCAAAAUCGACUGCGUCUUGGGCAGUUUGUGACGCAGCGCGUAGGCGCCACAUUCCAGGAAAAUUGGACAGACGGCUAUGCUUUCCACGAGCUUAGCCGGCGUCAAGAUGAGAUAUCGGCCGAGCGUGAAGAGAUCGACCGCCAGAAGAAGCAGCUGAUGAAAAAGCGACCCGCGGAAUCGGGACGUAAACGCAACACCAACAGCAACAAUAACCAGCAACAGCAAAACUCGAAUUCAAAUGAUUCGACCAAUGUGGCUGGUUGUGAUCGGCUGACUGGCGGCGGCGACAGUGGCAUCGGUUCGACUGGUGGCGGUGGCGGCGGUAGCGGCCGUGGUCUGUCACGAUCCAAUUCCACACAGGCCGGUCAAACGCAAUUGUUACACAAUGGUGGUGGCAGCGGUGUUGGCGGUAGCAGUGGUGUUGGUGAUCGCCUCUCCGAUAGAGGCGGCGGCGGCAGCAGUGGCACAGGCCGCGGCGAUAACAGCGGCGGCGGUGAUGCAACGUUCCUUAAACCCGACCCCGUGUCGGGGGCAUACACAGCGCAAGAGUACUACGAGUAUGAUGAGAUAUUAAAAUUGCGGCAGAACGCACUCAAGAAAGAGGACGCCGAUUUGUCACUAGAGAUGGAGAAGUUGGAGCGUGAGCGCAAUCUACACAUACGCGAGUUGAAGCGGAUAUUAAAUGAGGAUCAGUCCCGCUUCAACAAUCAUCCAGUGCUAAAUAAUCGAUACUUGCUGCUCAUGCUGCUGGGCAAAGGCGGCUUCUCUGAAGUGCACAAGGCAUUUGAUCUAAAAGAGCAACGAUAUGUAGCGUGUAAGGUGCACCAACUGAAUAAGGAUUGGAAGGAGGACAAAAAAGCCAACUAUAUCAAGCACGCUUUGCGAGAAUAUAACAUACAUAAGGCAUUGGAUCAUCCACGUGUGGUCAAGCUUUACGAUGUGUUCGAGAUAGACGCCAAUUCCUUUUGCACAGUGCUCGAAUAUUGUGAUGGUCAUGACUUAGAUUUCUAUCUAAAACAGCAUAAAACAAUACCGGAGCGUGAAGCACGCUCGAUUAUUAUGCAGGUUGUUUCAGCAUUGAAAUAUUUGAAUGAGAUUAAACCACCAGUAAUACACUAUGACCUGAAACCAGGCAACAUACUUUUGACUGAGGGCAAUGUAUGCGGUGAGAUUAAAAUCACCGAUUUUGGUCUCUCAAAAGUGAUGGAUGAUGAGAACUAUAAUCCAGAUCAUGGCAUGGACUUAACAUCACAAGGCGCGGGAACCUAUUGGUAUCUACCGCCCGAAUGUUUUGUUGUUGGAAAGAAUCCGCCGAAAAUUUCAUCGAAAGUCGACGUUUGGAGUGUUGGUGUUAUUUUCUACCAAUGCCUCUAUGGCAAGAAACCAUUCGGCCACAACCAAUCACAGGCCACCAUCCUUGAAGAGAACACAAUUCUCAAAGCCACAGAGGUACAAUUCCCCAACAAACCAACUGUCUCCAAUGAAGCAAAGAGUUUCAUACGUGGUUGCUUGGCUUAUCGCAAGGAGGAUCGCAUGGAUGUGUUUGCUUUGGCGCGACAUGAGUACAUCCAACCGCCUAUACCUAAGCAUGGGCGUGGUCAGUCGCAGCUGACGCAACAGCAGCAGCAGCAACAACAACAGCAGCAGCAACAACAACAGCAACAGCAACAACAGUCGACUACAUCGCAGGCGAAUUCCGCUGGUCAGACGUCCUUUUCGGCGGGUAUGUUUGGUAAUCUGAAUCAAUCGAGCUCGUCCUAG